GGGAACGGCAUGCAUGUGACGCAGCUUUUAAAAAAGGAGACGGAGGCAGAGACCCCAGAGAGGGAGGGCGAAGGGGAGGGCUUGGAGGCGCAGCCGCGCGCUCGGAGUCGGUCCUCCGGGUGCCGCCGGGUGGGGAGUCUGGCUGAGCCGGAGCGGGAGCCGCGGCUUGGGGAGGCGGAGCCGGGGUGGGCAGUGUGGUGUAUCUCUCCCCACCCCAGGCCGCGCUCCGGGAGGGAAAAGGGACUGCAGACCCCCUGCCCGUGCUCCCUGCUGAGACGCCAGCCUUCUUCUGGAGGGCCCUUGUUUCGCGUCUCUACCCUAGGCUGGAUGGGUUUUUGCUGAGGGAGCAUGAAAUGAUGGAACGGUGCAGAGUCCGGGGAUUGAAAAGAAGGCCUGCCUAGGAAUGGAGACCCUCCCCACCAUGUGCUUAGUAUGGGAGAUAGAGGAGCUCUACACUGUGGAGUCUCCCACCCCCAGGUUUCCCCAUCUCCACCCCCACCAGAAGCAGAGAGGACCUGACUGAAGCUAUCCACACUCGCGCAAGUAUUUCCUUGGCAGCAUCCCCUGCCUGAGUGCACCCCCUCCCUGCAUUCUCCCAGACAAAGGUCAGCACUAGAGGGAGUAGAGGGAACCUAAGGCAACAGAACACUGGCCUGGAAUUGUGGAUACCUAGGUUUGAAGGCAAGAUUUGCUCCUCAUUACCUGAGUGAUUUGAGACAACUGACCACCCCACCUGGAACACUAGCUUUAUCAUCUGUAACCUAUGGCUUGGUGCUGCUGCAUGAGGAGGGAGGUGAUUCUGGCUUUGUCAGUCUCUCUCGGCUGGGCCCAUCUCUGAGGGACAAGGACCUGGAAAUGGAGGAGCUAAUGCUGCAGGAUGAGACACUGCUGGGGACCAUGCAGAGCUACAUGGAUGCCUCCCUUAUCUCCCUCAUUGAGGAUUUUGGGAGCCUUGGAGAGAGCAGGUUAUCUCUGGAGGACCAGAAUGAAGUGUCGCUGCUCACGGCUCUGACGGAGAUCUUGGACAAUGCAGAUUCUGAGAACCUUUCUCCAUUUGACAGCAUUCCUGAUUCGGAGCUGCUUGUGUCACCCCGGGAGGGCUCUUCUCUGCACAAGCUGCUUACUCUCUCUCGGACACCCCCAGAACGUGACCUCAUCACCCCAGUUGACCCACUGGGGCCCAGUACAGGCAGCAGUAGAGGGAGUGGGGUUGAAAUGUCUCUUCCAGAUCCCUCUUGGGACUUCUCCCCACCCUCUUUCUUAGAGACCUCUUCCCCCAAGCUUCCUAGCUGGAGACCCCCAAGAUCAAGACCACGCUGGGGCCAAUCCCCACCUCCCCAGCAGCGCAGUGAUGGAGAAGAAGAGGAGGAGGUGGCCAGCUUCAGUGGCCAGAUUCUUGCUGGGGAGCUUGACAACUGUGUGAGCAGUAUCCCGGACUUCCCCAUGCAUUUGGCCUGCCCUGAGGAGGAAGAUAAAGCAACAGCAGCAGAGAUGGCAGUGCCAGCAGCUGGUGAUGAGAGCAUCUCCUCCCUGAGUGAGCUGGUGCGGGCCAUGCACCCAUACUGCCUGCCCAACCUCACCCAACUGGCAUCGCUUGAGGAUGAGCUUCAGGAGCAGCCAGAUGAUUUGACACUGCCUGAGGGCUGUGUAGUGCUGGAGAUUGUGGGGCAGGCAGCCACAGCUGGCGAUGACCUGGAGAUCCCAGUUGUGGUGCGACAGGUCUCUCCUGGACCCCGGCCUGUGCUCCUGGAUGACUCGCUAGAGACUAGUUCUGCCUUGCAGCUGCUUAUGCCUACACUGGAGUCAGAGACGGAGGCUGCUGUGCCCAAGGUAACCCUCUGCUCUGAGAAAGAGGGGUUGUCAUUGAACUCAGAGGAGAAGCUGGACUCAGCCUGCUUAUUGAAGCCCAGGGAGGUCGUGGAGCCGGUGGUGCCCAAGGAACCUCAGAACCCACCUGCCAAUGCAGCACCAGGUUCCCAGAGAGCUCGAAAGGGCAGGAAGAAGAAGAGCAAGGAGCAGCCAGCAUCCUGUUUGGAAGGCUAUGCCAGGAGGCUGAGGUCAUCUUCUCGCGGGCAGUCUACCGUAGGUACGGAAGUGACCUCUCAGGUAGACAACUUGCAGAAACAGUCUCAGGAAGAACUUCAAAAAGAGUCUGGGCCUCUCCAGGGUAAGGGGAAGCCCCGAGCUUGGGCUCGGGCCUGGGCAGCUGCCUUGGAGAAUCCUAGCCCUAAGAACUUGGAGAGAAGUGCUGGACAAUGUAGUCCUGCUAAAGAAGGCCCUCUAGACCUCUACCCCAAGCUGGCUGACACUAUCCAAGCCAAUCCUAUACCAACCCAUCUCUCAUUGGUCGACUCUGCCCAAGCCAGCCCCAUGCCAGUUGACUCUGUUGAAGCUGAUCCCACUGCAGUUGGCCCUGUUCUAGCUGGCCCUAUACCUGUUGACCCUGGGUUGGCUGACCUUGCUUCAACCAGCUCAGAACUGGUUGAGCCUCUGCCAGCUGAGCCAGUGCUGAUCAACCCAGUCCUGGCUGACUCAGCAGCAGUUGACCCUGCAGUGGUUCCCAUCUCAGAUAACUUGCCACCAGUUGAUGCUGUCCCAUCUGGCCCACCACCAGUUGAUCUAGCACUAGUUGACCCUGUUCCUAAUGACCUGACUCCAGUUGACCCAGUGCUAGUUAAGUCCAGACCAACUGAUCCCAGACGUGGUGCAGUGUCAUCAGCCCUGGGGGGUUCAGCACCCCAGCUCCUCGUGGAGUCAGAGUCCUUGGACCCACCAAAGACCAUCAUCCCUGAAGUCAAAGAGGUUGUGGAUUCUCUGAAAAUUGAAAGUGGUACCAGUGCUACAACCCACGAAGCCAGACCUCGGCCUCUCAGCUUAUCUGAGUACCGGCGACGAAGGCAGCAACGCCAAGCAGAAACAGAAGAGAGAAGUCCCCAGCCUCCAACUGGGAAGUGGCCUAGCCUUCCAGAGACUCCCACAGGGCUGGCAGACAUCCCUUGUCUUGUCAUCCCACCAGCCUCAGCCAAGAAGACAGCUCUUCAGAGAAGCCCUGAAGCACCCCCUGAGAUUUGCCUUGUGCCUGUAGGUCCCAGCCCUGCUUCUCCUAGUCCUGAGCCACCUGUAAGCAAACCUGUGGCCUCAGCUCCCACUGAGCAGGUGCCAUCCCAGGAGAUGCCACUGUUGGCGAGACCUUCCCCUUCUGUGCAGUCUGUGUCCUCUGUUGUGCCCACACCUCCCGCGAUGUCUACUGCCCUGCCUUUCCCUGCAGGUGGGCUGGGCAUGCCCCCCAGUCUGCCCCCACCUGCCUUGCAGCCUCCUAGUCUUCCAUUGUCUAUGGGGCCAGUACUACCUGAUCCGUUUACUCACUAUGCCCCCGUGCCACCCUGGCCUUGUUAUCCUCAUGUGUCCCCUUCUGGCUAUCCUUGCCUGCCCCUCCCACCAACAGUGCCCCUAGUGUCUGGUACUCCUGGUGCCUAUGCCGUGCCUCCCACUUGCAAUGUGCCUUGGGCACCCCCUCCUGCCCCAGUCUCACCUUACAGUUCCACCUGUACCUAUGGGCCCUUGGGAUGGGGCCCAGGGCCUCAACAUGCUCCAUUCUGGUCUACUGUUCCCCCACCUCCUUUGCCUCCAGCCUCCGUUGGGAGAGCUGUUCCCCAACCUAAGAUGGAGUCUAGGGGCACUCCAGCUGGCCCUCCUGAAAAUGUACUUCCCGUGUCGAUGGCUCCUCCCCUCAGUCUUGGGCUACCUGGCCAUGGAGCUCCUCAGACAGAGCCUACCAAGGUGGAGGUCAAGCCAGUGCCUGCAUCUCCCCAUCCGAAACACAAGGUGUCUGCCCUGGUGCAAAGUCCCCAGAUGAAGGCUCCAGCAUGUGUGUCUGCUGAAGGUGUGACUGUUGAGGAGCCUGCAUCAGAGAGGCUAAAGCCUGAGACCCAAGAGACCAGGCCCAGGGAGAAGCCCCCCUUACCUGCUACCAAGGCUGUUCCGACACCAAGGCAGAGCACUGUCCCCAAGCUGCCUGCUGUCCACCCAGCCCGUCUAAGGAAGCUGUCCUUCCUGCCUACCCCACGUACUCAGGGUUCUGAAGAUGUGGUACAGGCUUUCAUCAGUGAGAUUGGAAUUGAGGCAUCGGACCUGUCCAGUCUGCUGGAGCAGUUUGAGAAAUCAGAAGCCAAAAAGGAGUGUCCUCCUCCGGCUCCUGCUGACAGCUUGGCUGUAGGAAACUCAGGCGGCGUUGACAUUCCCCAGGAGAAGAGGCCCCUAGACCGGUUACAAGCCCCAGAACUGGCCAACGUGGCAGGGCUCACCCCUCCAGCUACCCCUCCCCACCAGUUAUGGAAGCCCCUGGCUGCUGUCUCACUGCUGGCCAAAGCCAAAUCUCCUAAGUCCACCGCCCAGGAGGGAACCCUGAAGCCUGAAGGAGUUACGGAGGCCAAACAUCCAGCUGCAGUUCGCCUCCAAGAAGGGGUCCAUGGCCCUAGUCGAGUCCAUGUGGGCUCUGGGGACCAUGACUAUUGUGUCCGGAGCAGGACUCCCCCAAAAAAGAUGCCUGCCCUAGUCAUUCCAGAGGUGGGCUCCCGAUGGAAUGUCAAGCGCCAUCAGGACAUCACCAUCAAACCUGUCUUGUCCUUGGGCCCAGCUGCCCCUCCGCCCCCAUGCAUAGCUGCCUCCCGGGAGCCACUUGAUCACAGGACUAGCAGUGAGCAGGCAGAUCCCUCAGCACCCUGCCUUGCCCCAUCCAGCUUGCUGUCCCCUGAGGCUUCACCCUGCCGGAAUGACAUGAACACUAGGACUCCCCCUGAACCCUCAGCCAAGCAGCGGUCAAUGCGCUGUUACCGAAAAGCCUGCAGGUCAGCCAGCCCCUCAAGCCAGGGCUGGCAGGGCCGCCGAGGCCGCAACAGCCGUUCUGUCAGCUCUGGGUCCAACCAGACCAGCGAAGCAUCUUCCUCCUCAUCCUCAUCGUCGUCUUCCUCAUCCCGAUCUCGGUCCAGGUCCCUCUCCCCCCCACACAAGAGGUGGCGAAGGUCCAGCUGUAGUUCCUCUGGACGUUCUCGAAGAUGCUCUUCCUCCUCUUCGUCAUCAUCUUCCUCUUCGUCUUCCUCAUCCUCAUCCAGUUCUCGAAGCCGCUCCCGCUCCCCAUCCCCCCGCCGGAGAAGUGACAGGAGGCGGCGGUACAGCUCUUAUCGUUCACAUGACCAUUACCAAAGGCAAAGAGUGCUGCAAAAGGAGCGUGCAAUAGAAGAAAGAAGGGUGGUCUUCAUUGGAAAGAUACCUGGCCGUAUGACUCGAUCAGAGCUGAAACAGAGGUUCUCCGUUUUUGGAGAGAUUGAGGAGUGCACCAUCCACUUCCGUGUCCAAGGGGACAACUACGGCUUCGUCACUUAUCGCUAUGCUGAGGAGGCAUUUGCAGCCAUUGAGAGUGGCCACAAGCUGCGGCAGGCAGAUGAGCAGCCCUUUGAUCUCUGCUUUGGGGGCCGAAGGCAAUUCUGCAAGAGGAGCUAUUCUGAUCUUGACUCCAACCGGGAAGACUUUGACCCAGCACCUGUAAAGAGCAAAUUUGAUUCUCUUGACUUUGACACAUUGUUGAAACAGGCCCAGAAGAACCUCAGGAGGUAACCUUGGGCCCUUCCCUGCUACCCUUUUUCUCCUUUGGAGGUGCCCAACCUCUUCCACCCCCUUCCCCUACUCUAGGGGAGAGAGCUGCUAGUGAGAUGACUGUUUUAUAAAGAAAUGGAAAAAAGUGAAAUAAAAAAUAUGUUGAAUCAGA